UCUAUAUUAAAAAAAGGAAAAUGGCAGCAAAGACGAAGACGACGAAGAAGUCGCAGUCGGAUGCGGCGGCGGAGAGGUACAUUACGACGGAGGAGCUACGGCGGCACAACAAGGCGUCGGACCUGUGGAUAUCGAUCCAGGGGAAGGUGUACGACGUGACGGCGUGGGCGGAGCGGCACCCGGGCGGCGCGCUCCCGCUGCUCAGCCUGGGCGGGCAGGACGUCACCGACGCCUUCGUCGCCUACCACCCGCCGUCCGCCUGGGCGCUGCUCGACCGCCUCUGCGUCGCCCGCCUCGCCGACUACGCCGUCUCCGACGCCUCCCGCGACUACCGCCGCCUCGUCGCCGAGUUCGCGCGCGCCGGCCUCUUCGAGAAGAGGGGCCGCGGCGCGCUCCUCGUGCUGGCCGCCAUGCUCCUCAUGCUCGCCGCCGCCGUCUACGGCGUCCUCGCGUCCUCCAGCGCCAUCGUCCACCUGCUCUCGGCGGCCCUCAUGGGCGCGCUCUGGAUGCAGUCCGGCUUCCUCGGCCACGACUCCGGCCACUACAACGUCCUGCCCACCCCCGCAUUGAACCGACUCGUGCAGGUGGUGGCGGGGAACUGCAUGGCGGGGAUCAGCAUCGAGUGGUGGAAGCAGAACCACAACGCGCACCACAUCGCGUGCAACAGCCUGGACUUCGACCCGGACGUGCAGCACAUGCCGCUGUUCGCCGUGUCCGCCAAGCUCUUCGCGUCGCUGCGCUCGGCCUUCUACGGCCGCACCAUGCGCUUCGACCGCGCCGCGCGCCUCCUCGUCAGCUACCAGCACUGGACUUUCUACCCCGUCAUGUGCCUCGCGCGGCUCAACCUCUUCGCGCAGUCCCUCGUCCUGCUGCUCUCCCCCGCCAAGCGCGUGCCGCACCGCGCGCAGGAGCUGCUCGGCCUGCUGGUGUUCUGGACGUGGUUCCCGCUGCUGCUGUCGUUCCUGCCGUCCUGGACCGAGCGGCUGGCGUUCGUGCUCGUCAGCUUCGCGGCGACCGGAGUGCAGCACGUGCAGUUCUGCCUGAACCACUUCUCGUCGAGCGUCUACGUCGGGCCACCGCGGGGGAACGACUGGUUCGAGAAGCAGACGGCGGGGACGCUCGACAUAUCGUGCUCGCCCUGGAUGGACUGGUUCCACGGCGGCCUGCAGUUCCAGGUCGAGCACCACCUCUUCCCGCGCCUGCCGCGCUGCCACCUCCGCCGCGUCGCGCCGCUGGUCCAGGACCUCUGCAAGAAGCACGGCCUGCAGUACUCCUCCUCCUCCUUCUGGGACGCCAACCUCCGCACCCUCGCCACCCUCCGCGCCGCCGCGCUGCAGGCGCGCGACCUGGCCAACCCCGUGCCGAAGAACUUGGUCUGGGAGGCUGUCAACACGCAUGGCUAGAUUUGCUUUUACUGGUUUAAUUAGGUGGUAUAAUUCACAAUUCAUUCAUUGUGUUAAUUCGCAUUAAUUGGUUAAUCUACUCUCUCUUUGCACUCACAAUCUGUUGUUUACUUAUCAUACUUUUUUGUUUUGUUUUUUUUUCCCUUACAGUUGUAGCUACCAUACAAAAUUAAACAGAGUUGAGUUGACCAUUCAGAUAACA